ACGGCGGUUCUUCUCUACUCUUCGGGCACGACGGGUGUCAGUAAGGGAGUUAUUCUGGCUCAUCGGAAUUUCUGUGCAUCGUCUUUGAUGGUGACAAAGGAUCAAGAACUUGCUGGGGAUAAGCACAGGGUUUACCUGUGCAUUUUGCCUAUGUUUCACGUGUUUGGAUUGGCUGUCAUCGUGUACGGACAGCUGCAGAUGGGGAACACUUUGGUGUCAACGGUGAAGUUGGAAUUUGAGGCGUUUUUUAGGAACGCCGAGAAGUAUAGGGAAACCAAUUUGUGGGUUGUGCCUCCCAUUGUGCUAGCUAUGGCUAAGCAGAAUGUGGUUAAAAAGUUCGAUCUUUCCUCGUUGAAGGAGAUUGGUUCUGGUGCUGCACCUUUGGGCAAAGAGUUGAUGGAGGAGUGCGCAAAGAAGUUCCCUCAGGCUGUUGUUAUGCAGGGGUAUGGAAUGACCGAAACUUGAGCGAUUAUAUCGAUGGAGAUCCGGCAUACUGGUUCAGCCGGAUCGCUUGCUCCAUGCAUUGAAGCUCAGAUAAUUAGUACACAAAAUGCAGAGCCUCUUCCUCCAAAUCAAUUAGGGGAGAUAUGGGUUCGAGGGUCAAAUAUGAUGCAAGGUAAAGUUCUUCGCUUGUUCUUUCCCGAGGAAAUAAAACAAGAUGUUGCACCAUCAGAGCUUGAAGGGCUACUUUUAUCUCACCCUGAAAUAUUGGAUGCUGUUGUUAUACCAUAUCCCGAUGACGAAGCCGGUGAGGUCCCGGUUGCAUACGUCGUUCGCUCACCCAACAGUUGGCUAACUGAAGAAGAUGUUGGAAAUUUCAUCGCUAAACAGGUGGCACCUUUCAAAAGGUUAAGGAAGGUGACAUUCAUAAACAGUGUCCCAAAGUCGGCUUCUGGGAAAAUUCUGAGGAGACAACUUGUCGCCCAAGUACGAUCCAAAAUGUGAGAUUCUAUUGCUUCUGUUUUUUGCACC